AGGAUACCUUCCGCCGAAAUAUUUUCGGAAUACAUGUUUCAUUUAAUGUUUAGCAGCCAAUUUUUCUGUAUUUAAUAUGGUUUUCCAGACAGCUGCUUUGUUCAUUAGAAGUAGAGGUCCAGAUGCCUUUUGGCGGAAACGUAGAAUAUUCAAACUAUCAGCGCAUUUUACAGGACGAAAAAGGAAUUGUUAUUCAAUAGCUGUAAGAUAUGUCCACAGAGCUUUAGCUUAUGCCACUCAAAGUAGAAAACUAAAAAAAGAAGACAUGGCCAAUUUAUGGACGACCAGAGUAGCUGCAGGAUGUGAAGAACAUGGCCUUCCUUACCCUUUGUUUAAAGAUGGCUUGGAAAAAAGCAAUAUUCUGCUGAAUCGAAAAGUAUUGGCUGAUCUUGCUAUUUGGGAGCCAUAUUCUUUUAAAGCUUUAACCCAAAUCGCUUGGACUAAACUAAGGGAAGAAGAUGAUCCAGAGCUCAAUGAAGUCCAAGAAACUCCUCCUUCCAAUGUUAUAACUAGAGGAUUAUUAGAUAAGUAGUGAGUAUUUUUUGUAAGGAACUAGUGUGUUUUUGUGAUUAAUUAUGUUUGCCUGAUAUCCUUUAUGUAUUUAAGAAAAUAUUUUUGCGGAAGUGAACCAACCACUGUUUUUACUUCUUAUGUAUUCAAUCAAACUCAAUAUUAAUAAAGGAUUGAUAAAAAUAAAGUGUAUUUCUAUGUGAAUUAAAU